ACAAGUUUUUAAUUCAAAAACGCCAAUUAAUAUUUUUCAAUUUCUCCGAUUAAUAAUCCAAAGACCCGAAGCGCCAUCUCUCUUCUCUCUCUCAGGUCUCUGCUCACUGUCUGCCUCGUUUCUGUCGGCCUCUCUCUCUCUACACUCUGUCACCCUCUCUCUCAUCGUCACUGUAUUUAUUGGCUUCGCAAAAACCGUUUCCAAACCACCACACCUCGAAAAUCAAAGAUCACAGCCCCCCAUAUCCUUCUCCCCCGAAAGAGAUGGCUUUUCCCACAUGCUCUCUCUCAGUCCCUGAUGCAUAGAUGAUAGAGAUUCCAUCACCCAGUUCUUCUCUCUGUAAAACCCACCUUUCUCUCUCUAAAAGUGUGGCCAUUUAUGCAACCAUUUGUUGGUGGCCUGUAACACAUAAUUUUCCCUCUCUAAGUAAAACCGGUGAGUCCCUCUUUUCUCUCUCUCUCUAGAGAGUCUCUCUCUCUCCUCUUUCUGUGAGGUAUCCUUUGAUUCCACCCUUUGGGUUCAUUUUAAUUUAGUGAAUUGAUCUGUGUUUGAAAUUUGAAACUGAAUGCAUGAACACAAAAGCAAAAUCUCGGAUUAUUCUGCCUAUUUGGGUUAGUUCUUCUUCUGUGUAUACUUCUUGUUUCGAGUCCUGUAUGCUCUACUUGUACCCGUGUCCUCUAUUCUUCCUUUUUCAAUCAAUGGAAUUUAGUAAAUUCCAUUAAUUUCAACUUGGGUUGAACUUUAAUGCACGAACUACGAAUGCCAACUUGGUUACUUCUUCUUGAUAAUUGAUCUUCUCUUCUCCUUUUUGGAUAUAAUAUAUCAUUACUGCUUCAGUUUUAUACCUCUCUCUGUCUAGAAAAAUCUUUUAUUCAUGCAUUUCUCUUUCUGAACUUCUUCCAUAUUUUGUCAUUGGGUUCAUCACACUGCACUGAUUUGAAGUUCGGUGCAAGCUUUAGUCAUAAAACACAGAAUCAAUCCUUAAGUUUUCCUCCUUUCUCUGUCAAUUGAUGGGUUUUCUUGGGUUUUAAUAAUGGAUAACAGUUCUUUGCAUUAUAGUUGCUCGGGGAAGGAUAAAAUAUAUUCUGGUUAUUUUGGUUUUGACACAACAGAAAUAAUCCUAUCCCUUCUGGUUAUUCUGGUUCUUCUUUCUUUGUUGGUGAUUUGGAGACUUUGGGAAAUGCAUAGGAAUCUGGAUGAUUUUAGGAGAGAUUUAGGUAAUGUGAGAAAUGUGUAUUCCCCCUGUGAUCCCAAUCCCUGUAAAUCUCAUAGUAAUCAACAAAACCCUAUUCAUGGUUCAAAAGCAUCGCAUGGGGUUUUAAUGAAAAACUCUGUUAUCAAGAAAAUGGGGAGGUACAAUUCUAGAAUUUCAUGUAAUUUGCAUGAGCCUGAUGGCCAGAAAUGCAAAUUUUCUCUCAGCUCUACCACUAAUAAUGGAGUUAAAUGGGGUGAACUGGAUGAAGAUGGAAAAAAUAAAGACAUAGGCUCCAUAGAGAGAGAAUUGGAGACUGAGUUGGAGAGCUAUGAAAGUUGUGAGGAAGGAGAAGAUGAGUUUUUCGAAACAAAUCUAGAAAGGGUCAUGAGAUUAGGAAGAGAAUUUAGGAAAGCUGCUUGUUUAGAACUCGAGAAAGAGAGGAAAGCCUCUGCCUCAGCAGCCAAUGAAGCCAUGGGCAUGAUUCUUCGACUUCAGACUGAGAAAAGCAUGGUGGAAAUGCAAGCUAGACAGUACCAAAGAGUGGCAGAGCAGAAGCAAAUUUAUGAUCAAGAAGUAAUCCGAUCCCUUCGUGAAAUAAUAGCCAAACAAGAUGCAGAGAGAGACUUCUUAGAAGGCCAAUUGAAGAUGUACUCUGUGAAGCUUUUCAAUAGAAGUUUUAAUGGUUUUAGUUGUAAGUACAUGGAAGAGAGGGGGGCAGAGACUGAGUUAUCACCCUUGGAUGACCAACUGAAAAUGUACUCAGAGAAUCUUUUCAAUCGUAGUUUCAAUGAAGAGUUAAUGGAAGAGAAAGGAGAAGAGACUCUACGAAUAUCAACCUUGGAUCCGCAUAAUUCAUUUGUUUUAGACGAUGGACGAGAGGCUGAAUUAGGUAGUGGAUUGAUCCCUGAAAAUGGUUUGAAUGAUACUGCAAAAUCAAUGUUGGUUUAGGGUGUUAAGGCUUUGGGGCUUCUGAUUCACCAAGUCGUGGCGGUGGCCCACGUGACUAUGUUGCUUGGAUGCAAAUGUAGACAUGGCUACAUGAGUUCCUUGUUAUUUUACUUGCAUUUUUGUAUAUGGAAUAUUGACAACACUCAUUUGUAAGAACUCUUUGCCCCACAAUUUAAAUUGGAGUGGAUUCAACAUCA